AGAGUCUGCUAUGGACGUGGUCCGCUCGUUAAUCCACGAGAAAGCUAUCCCUACUUAUCGUCCACCCAGCACGGCCAGUGCAUAUUACGACGUUUUGGACAAGAGUUCGCAGUGCGUAGAACGGUGACGAUGCUCCGAUACUGGUUGUUGGCACUCGCUGCGGGAACAUUGUCACUGGUGUUGGCCGAGGACAACGACUUCGUUGACGUGUGCUUCGAACAUGAGGGAGAGAAGCCCCCACACUGCGAGUUUAUCGACUUUGAUGACGUCUUCCAAACGUCCAGCACGGAUAUUAAGUUCAACUGGAGUUUCAUCACGAAGCUAACGAUCAGCAACAAGAAGAUCAUUGGCAUACCGUCGAAAAUGUUCGCCUCCCUGCCAAACCUAGAGAGCUUCGUUGUGCUGAACAGCCUGUUCUAUCGUGAGAUCGAUCCGAACAGUUUCGUCGACUGCAACAAGUUGAACCACAUCGAAAUCACGGGCACAAACAUUACCUUGCUGGACUCGCACAUCUUCCCACGGACACCGAAACUGCGGUACUUGCUGUUCCACCACAACCGCAUUAGCGAGAUCAAGCACGAUGCGUUCGAAUUCCUCGGCGAACUAGAGGAGCUCAAUCUGUCCUACAACAACCUGACGCGCCUUCCGAGCGGAGUGUUCCACAAAUUGCGCAAGUUGAAAACGCUCGACCUAAACCACAACCGGCUGGUGUUGUUGAGCUUCGACAGUUGGUUCCCGCCGGACGGUGCCGUUUCAAUGACAUUCCUCGACGCUUCCUACAACCAGCUGGUCGAUAUGGCGUGGACAGAGAUUACCGUGCGGAAGGUAAACCUUAAAUACAACAAUCUUACCAGCGUCCACGUGAACGGCAACUGCAGUGAGUUUCACGCUUCUCAUAACGCGAUCGACACCGUCACCAUAGGACGAAACUGCAGCCUGGAGAAAAUGUACCUGGCCCAUAACCGCAUUCAGGCGUUUAGUUGGCUACAGCGCUGCGCGGAUACGCUUCGAUCGCUAGACCUUUCGCACAACCUACAGCAGAAGGGUGUCGACUUUCUCAAUCUGAAGCAAAUCACUCACCUAAACAUCGAAUGUACGAACAUCACACUGAACUACAAAACGCUGCACGAUCUUCGGAACCUACGGUUUCUGGACAUUUCGUACAACAAUCUGAAGCGGAUCGAUCUGGAAAAUCUUACAUCACAGCGCCUGCUCGAGCGGCUCAUGAUCAGCGGAAACCCGAUCGCCAAUAUUUCUAUCGGCUCGAUCAAGCGAAACUUCCCGAACCUGAAGUCUCUCGGAAUCUACGAUCUCCCGUGGAACUCUACCUCACUGUCGAUUGCCAUCGACGAUCUGAAGAAGCACGAGAUUCAGCCGUACAUUCGCAGCGACUAUCUGUUCGACGACUCCAAGUGUCCGCUGAAGGUAACGCCGGCGUUUGGCAACGAUACCGACCACGAAUCGGGCAGUUCAGAGGAGGACACGAGCGUGAAACGACAGGCAUCCGGUGGUGCAGCUGAUAAGACGGCCGAGUACGUGGUCAUUGCGUUGCUACUGUGCAUGGUCGUUGGGCUGCUUGGGAAGCUGUUCGUCGACAGCCGGUACUUCCCGAUACUGUUCAAGGACCGCAUCGCCCGGCGAUCCUCAAUUUCGCACGAAAGUUUGGUGUCGUGUGAUCUGAAUGGGUAGGGCGCAAGUGCAAGCCAACAGGAAGCCUGCUUUUGUGCAAGGUGUCUACUUAGAAACGGACACUUGUCACUUCCGUUGUGCAUUAGUGUAUUGAUCGGCUUAGACACGAAUAAAAUACAUGCAUCGCAUCGUUCGUGAUCAUAUACA